CCGCCGCCGCCGCCGCUGCUAACCCGGCGGCCGGCCGCGGCUUCCGCCCCCUCCCGCGGCGGCGGCGGGCGGGCCUCCCUCCACGCCCCCGCGCCCCGCACGGGGGACCGGGAAGAAGGCGAARGCAGCAGGAAUCGGGGGGCAGCCGAAGAUGGGGAACACUACCUCGUGCUGCGUGUCGUCCAGCCCCAAGCUCCGGAGGAAUGCCCACUCCCGGCUGGAGUCCUACCGGCCCGACACGGACCUGAGCCGUGAGGACACGGGCUGCAACCUGCAGCACAUCAGCGACCGGGAGAACAUCGACGAUUUGAACAUGGAAUUCAAUCCUUCAGAUCAUCCCCGGGCCAGCACAAUAUUCCUCAGUAAAUCUCAGACAGACGUGAGAGAAAAACGCAAGAGUCUCUUCAUUAACCAUCAUCCUCCUGGACAAAUUACAAGGAAAUACAGCUCCUGCUCUACUAUUUUCCUAGAUGAUAGCACAGUCAGUCAACCAAACCUCAAGUAUACAAUUAAAUGUGUAGCUCUUGCAAUAUAUUAUCACAUCAAAAACAGGGACCCAGAUGGAAGGAUGCUCUUAGAUAUUUUUGAUGAAAACCUUCAUCCUCUUUCGAAAUCCGAAGUGCCACCAGAUUAUGACAAACAUAACCCAGAGCAGAAACAAAUCUACCGGUUUGUUCGAACACUGUUUAGUGCUGCUCAGCUGACGGCCGAAUGUGCCAUUGUCACCCUGGUAUACCUUGAAAGACUUUUAACRUAUGCAGAAAUAGAUAUCUGUCCGGCCAACUGGAAGCGAAUUGUUCUAGGGGCGAUCCUUCUGGCCUCCAAGGUAUGGGAUGACCAGGCCGUGUGGAAUGUGGAUUACUGCCAGAUCUUGAAAGACAUCACGGUGGAGGACAUGAAUGAGCUAGAGCGACAGUUUCUUGAAUUGCUCCAGUUCAACAUCAACGUCCCUUCCAGUGUAUACGCCAAGUAUUAUUUUGAUCUUCGUUCUUUGGCAGAAGCAAAUAACCUGAGCUUUCCUUUGGAGCCGCUGAGCAGGGAAAGGGCCCACAAGCUUGAGGCUAUUUCUCGCCUCUGCGAGGACAAGUACAAGGACCUGAGAAGAUCCACGAGGAAACGGUCAGCAAGUGCUGACAAUCUAAAUCUGGCGAGGUGGUCCCCAGCCAUCAUCUCCUAACCAUGGAUGUCCCCACUGGAGGCCGCACCAUCCCUCAGUUUCUCCUUUAGUUUGAGAAAAGACGAACUUGGGGUGGUUUUGUUUUUGUUUUUCCCUUUCCUUUUCUUUUUUAACUCAUAGCUCCAUCAGGCUGCCUUCAUGACCUCCUCCACGCUGUGUGAACUGCACGCAGCAAGGCUUUGAGGAAGCAAGAUCAGUAUUGUGGAAAUCCUGUUUCAUGCCUCUCCCCAUCAUCAACAGCACUUCCUUCGUGGAGGAAACAGACUCUAAUCCUGGAGGAGGAAAUAAAGGGAAAGGGAAGUCGUGUAGAGGCAGGGAAAAUGGUUGAACGCCUUGGCCAUUUCUUAAGUCCCCCAUCUGGUCAUUAGAUGAAUAUGACAAAAAAACAAAACAAAAAAACAACAACAACCAAAAAAAAAACCACACAUUAGAUAGCAGAGUUGGAUGUGCAUUAAAGACAGGAGUGCCACGUUUAUCACCCCCACUUGGAUCAGUAUGUUCUGUAAGACUUCUUGCAUUCCUUCUUGCUGCUUUUUUGGGAUUUGGGGGAUUUUCGUUUGUUUGUUUUUAUUCAUUUUGGCCCCACAGAGCAGAGAAUAUAGUUUGUACCCACCAUGGCACAGACAUCCAAAUAAAUAGUACUGGUUUGUUUCUCUGCACUACUCUGCAAGCUGUCUUCUGAGCUUUCUUCCUCACAAGUGGGCUGUGCUUGUUAUAUUUCUGUGCAUCUUUAUUUUAUACAGUUUUUCUUCAACCAUGGCAAAAUUAACUUGACUGUAGUGCUGAACCAAAAGUAUCCCUUGCCCUUCUUACCCCUCACCCCAAGAAAUUCUAGAUCAUAUGGGUGCUUGUGCCUUCCAAUUUUCUCGCAGUUGCUGUUUUUCCCCCUCUGACGGAAGUUUUAGUUACAAAAAUCAGUCAGACUUUGUGGACUGAAGGAAACAAUGUGCAGCCAAGGGCAUCCUCUGGUUGAGAACUUUCCCAGGGAGCUCAGUGUUUGCCUAAGUCAUUGUGUAGGAGCCAUUUCUUUGUACUCCCAGCCUAGUUCAUUCUUCUACUUCCAUGUCCAUUGUUGCAAGCAAUAUUAUUCUCAAUUUUUAUAUGUUUACUUUAAAUCAAAGUUAGUCUAUUUGUAUAAAAUUUUUUAAAAAUCUAAAAUUAAAAAAAAAUGGGGUGGGUGGGGUAUUCCAGUGGGUGGACCAUCGAAGGGAAAAUGUUACUAUUUACUGAGGUAUUUUUCACAGAAUGAUGAAUAAAACAACUCAACUUGCAUUUUCAUUGUGGGUGCUUAGAGAAGUUAUACAAAAUUCAAACUGUGAAGGCUUAUGCUUCAUUAAUUAUGGCCGUACUUUGUCAUUUUCUGACUAUCCCUGAUUUCCUUAUGGGCUAGAUAAGAAUCUUU